UGAAGCUGAGAGAGAGAGAGAUAGAGAGAGUGUGUGUGUGUGUGUGUCUUCGCUUCACUGCCCACUUGGAUCCUCGUGGCUGCUGCUGCUGUAGCGGAAGACGACGAGCCGCCCAAGAAUCCAGCACCCACCCAUCCACUGCUGCUGCUGCUCCUGCUGCUGCACCCCCCGCAUUGUUUCGAAUUUCUCAAAUCGGCCCUCGGGCUGCGGCGGCGCGGUCACCGGCGGCGAGGUGAGUUCGUCGGUGAAGAGGAAGGGGGGGGGGGGGGUGUGAAGUGAAGUGCGAUUUGAGGAGGGAGCGGUGGCGGCGUGAGGAGGCGAGAGCCGCACAUGGCCACCGCGCGCGGCGGUGGCGGCGUGGGGUGGCUGGUGGUGGUGGUGGCGGUGGUCUGCCUGUCGUGCGCGGCGGCGGCGGCGAGGUCUCCGGCGGGGAGGGCGCACCGGCACCUGAAGCGGCUCAACAAGCCGGCGGUGAAGAGCAUCGAGAGCCCAGAUGGGGACAUCAUAGAUUGCGUGCACAUCUCACACCAGCCAGCUUUCGAUCAUCCCUUCCUCAAGAACCACACCAUCCAGAUGAGGCCGAACUACCAUCCCGAUGGCCUGUACGACGAAUCCAAGAGCGGCGGCGGCGGCGAGAAGCCCAUGGUCCAGCUCUGGCACCAGGGCGGCAGGUGCCCGGAGGACACCGUCCCAAUCCGGCGUACGAAGCGGGACGACCUGCUCCGGGCGAGCUCCAUGCGCCGCUACGGCAAGAAGCGGCACCCGGCGCCCAACCCCAUGUCCGUCGACCCCAACCUGCUCAACGAGGGCGGCCACCAGCAUGCCAUCGCGUACGUCCAGGGCGACAAGUACUACGGCGCCAAGGCAACCAUCAAUGUCUGGGCGCCCAAGAUCGAGCAGCCCAACGAGUUCAGCUUGUCCCAGCUCUGGAUCUUGGGUGGCUCCUUCGGCGAGGACCUCAACAGCAUCGAGGCUGGAUGGCAGGUUAGCCCCGACCUCUACGGCGACAACAACACGAGGCUGUUCACUUACUGGACUAGCGAUGCAUACCAGGCAACAGGGUGCUACAACGUAUUGUGUGCAGGAUUCGUGCAGAUAAACAGUGAGAUCGCCAUGGGAGCCAGCAUCUUCCCCAUCUCAAGCUACUCUGGCUCCCAAUACGAUAUCAGUAUAAUGAUUUGGAAGGAUCCAAAGGAGGGGAACUGGUGGAUGCAGUUUGGCAAGGAUUAUGUUCUUGGCUAUUGGCCAUCCUUCCUAUUCUCCUACCUUGGCGACAGCGCGUCGAUGAUCGAGUGGGGCGGGGAGGUGGUAAACUCGCAGCUCGAUGGCGUGCACACGUCGACGCAGAUGGGCAGCGGUCACUUCCCGGAGGAAGGGUUCAGCAAGUCAAGCUACUUCAAGAACAUACAGGUGGUGGACAGCACCAACAACCUGAAAGCCCCCAAGGGGGUGGGCACAUUCACUGAGCAAUCGAACUGCUACGACGUGCAAAACGGUAACAAUGCCGACUGGGGCACAUACUUCUACUAUGGAGGCCCUGGAAGGAGCUCAAACUGCCCAUGACAACUGAAAACUGAACUGAACACCCUGAGCAAGUGUUUAACCAUUCAAGUGUAAUACACCAUCUGCUCCAGUUUUUUAGCCCUAGAUAGUGUGUGUCAUGUGAAUGGGUCCCCGGUGUUGCUUUCUAAUCUCUCUCUGCCUUGAGCUUUCUUUCUUCCUUUUUUGUAAUGCCAAGUCUUCUGAAGAGAAGCAAUGGCAUCUGGUGGUGGUUGUGGUGAUGGCCUACCUCCUUUUUCCUAUAUGGUAGAUUCACUUGUCUUUCUGGUUAUGGAGCUUCUCUCUUGGGCUUAACUAAAGGGUCAGAGGGCCAUGCUUUAUUUUUCUCAUGUCACCUUUACCUCCUUUGAAUGUCAGUGGUGUAUAGGAAAGAGGAAUUGGUAGGAUUCAGUUA